AUGCCGCUUCCAACCGGAGUAUAUCGCGCGGACCAGGUCGGGUCGCUGCUACGCCCCAAGGAGAUCCUCGCGGCGCGCGAGAAAGUGGCCGUGGGCGAACUGUCCAAGACGGACCUCCGGCAGCUCGAGGACAAGCACAUCGCCGACGUGGUGCGGAAGCAGCUCGACGCGGGCCUGCGGGCCAUCACCGACGGCGAGUUCCGACGGGCGUUUUUCCACCUCGACUUCCUGCAGCACCUGGACGGGAUCGAGGUGCGCGGCAACAUGAUGUCGACAAACACCUCCAAGGGCGGGUUCGCGCCGCCCAAGCUGAUCGUGACGGGCAAGCUCGGCCACAGCAGGCCCAUCCAGGUCGACGACUUCCGGUUCCUGGAGCGGCAGAUCGCCGCGGCGGGCGGGGAGAGCGUCUUCGGGAAAGUCUCGUCCAAGGUGGCCAUCCCCAGCCCGACCAUGGUGCACUUCCGCGGCGGGCGCGAGACCAUCGACCUCGACGCCUACCCGUCCAUGGACGCCUUCUUUGACGACCUCGCCCGCGUGUACCAGGAGGAGCUGGCGGACCUGUACGCCGCGGGCUGCCGGUUCGUGCAGCUCGACGACACCAACCUCGCGUACCUGUGCGACCCCAAGAUGCGCUCCGAGGCCGAGUCCCGCCACGGCGCCGACGCCCGCCAGCUCGCCAGCCAGUACGCCACGCUGAUCAACCGGGCCAUCGAGAAGCGGCCGCGCGACAUGACCAUCGGCAUCCACCUGUGCCGCGGCAACCACCGCAGCCAGUGGUUCGCCCAGGGUGGCUACGAGCCCGUCGCCGAGGUGCUCUUCCGCGACCUCAACGUGGACGUCUACUUUUUGGAGUACGACGACGCCCGCUCCGGCGACUUUAGUCCCUUGCGCCACCUCCCGCCGCACAAGGUCGUCGUGCUCGGCGUCAUGACCAGCAAAAAGGGCGACCUGGACGACAAGGACGCCAUGGUCCAGCGUCUCCGCGAGGCCGCAAAGUACUGCCCCGGCGGUAUCGACCAGCUCUGCCUCAGCCACCAGUGCGGCUUUAGCAGUACCAUGGAGGGCAACGAGUUGAGCGAGGACCAGCAGUGGGACAAGAUCCGGCUCGAGGUCGACAUUGCAAAGACUGUGUGGGGGCCCGAUACUGCGCAGUGA